AUGCCCACUCUGGUCCAGUCAAGUCCCUUAUGGACAAGUUACGGAGAACUCAACAACGAGGAAAUCGAAGGACUUAUCAUCGAAAGUCAACAUCUUACCGAAUUGCUACAAGCCGAGCUUAGGCUACGUGGUGUAGGCGUAGCAGAAAAUUUUAUCCUAGGGCGUGACGUACGGCGGAAAGCAGAAAAGAUCCAGGAGUAUGGUUUGACCUCGUCUGAUCGCGAGCUAAUAGCGGACGCCAAUCACCUCGGAAUGGCUGUUAUCAGGGGCGGCCUGAACUCCGCCAAACAUGGCUUGACGCAAUGGAAACAUAUCAGCUAUACCAAGUUGAUUUGGUUGGUGGCCAAUGUCACAACGUCUGCGCAUGCGCUCCUUCUCGUCAUCGCUCUUGGAAAGAACAGACUGGAAAAGAUUAACCUAAUGGAGAGGUCGAGGCUUGUGUCUUUCAUCAAGCAGCAUGAAACCACACUUCUCUGCCCCUGUCUUGUGCCUGUCGCUCGUUUGCCGGUAGACUCCCUCGAUAGUAUAGCCACGUCGAGUCGCUUCUCUCAUGAAAAUCCUUGCGAUAUACAAGACAUCAACACGAUAGAUAUUUCCGUAGUCUUAGGGGCGGACAGCCCAUUUUCUCCAGACCCCAAUCCCUCGCUUGGAACUGGCCCGACGGAUUCGGUGGUCGACAUUCACAAUAUAAAAACCGCAGAAUCGAUCAGUCAAGGUGUGCUGGGCACACAUCGAAGGCUCACUCAGUCGGAAAAGAAGGAUAUCGGAGCGAGUAAUACAUCUGCUUCCUUGGUGCCCCUGCGACACGAUAGGAUAUUUCACUCUGAGCGACCACUGGCCUCUAACUCUACCAUGGACCGGGUCGAAGUUGUACUCCGGCAGAUCCGACGCUACGCCGAUGGACGCACUAUAUUAAGUCUAAAACAAGAGAAGGCAGCAUUCGACUUUUUACGAAGCAUGCAGAACAAGCUGAUUUACGGCGUAGGAAUCAUGGUGGAAGAACCCACCCCGCAUGCAUGGCAACUUAUGAACGAAGGCUGCCAAAUGAUGGACGCUGUUCUGAUGCAGCAAUCACGUAGCAUGAUCCGUUUGAUCCUCCGCAUAUUUGGCGGAGAAGGGUGGGGUCGUUUCCCCAAGCUCCGCGCCGGUAUUCUGAAAUAUUUUACAAGCCUCACGGAAGUGCGGCUUGGCCGCCUUCACCCGCUCUUCGUAAUCCUGUCUCAUCUGCAGGACCAAGAGGUUUUUGAGAGCACGCUAGAGAAGGCUUUCUUGCUUCUUAUGGACGGGCUAGAGAAGCUCAACCCCGCCGACGACGAGAUGCGAUUUCUACGCGUCGACUUGUGUUUUCUCCUUCGCGAACGGCGCAACUACGCUGCGGCUGAACAGUAUGGGCUCCGCUUCCUAGCUGAGUCGGAGCGCACCCACGGCCAAUGCGACGAAGUGACGCGAGGAUAUAUGCUCAAGGUGGGCGAUAUAUACAUGCAUCAGAAGCUGCAUGAGCAUGCCAUACAGAUGUUUGACAGUGUGAUACGCAGCUGCGACGCGUCACGGAUGGGCCUAGACAUUGCGGGCGUGUAUGCACAUCGCAACCUGGGCUGGAUUUAUGAGGAAUUAAAUGAGAAGAGGGCAUCCCAAAUCCAUUGGAAAGCGGUUGUUGAGGCUGCGCUGCACAUAUGGGGCGAGGGGGCGGUGGAGCGUGAAUAUUUCAUGGCCGAGGCCAAGGAGUCGCUGUACAGGCAGAAUUGUGACAUAGGGACUUGUGAAUGA